AGGAAGGGGAACGGGCAGGGACCGGGAGCCCUGUUCGGGAGGUCUCUCCUUUCCUGGCCCCGCUGGGCUGACUGAGGACAUGGUGGUCCUGCGGGCCGGGCUCUGCCCUGGUCUCACCGAGGAGAUGAUCCAGCUUCUCAGGGCAAACAGCAUCCAAACGGUGGUGGACUUUGUGGCAUCAGACCUGGAGUACAUUGCCCAGAAGUGUUCCCUGUCUUACAAGGCGCUGGUUGCGGUGAGACGGGUGCUCCUGGCCCAGUUCUCUGCCUUCCCCACCAACGGAGCAGACCUCUAUGAGGAGCUCAAGAGCUCCACGGCCAUCCUGCCCACUGGGAGCCCGAGCCUGGACCAGCUGCUGGAUUCCGGGCUGUACACGGGGGAAGUGACGGAGCUCAUGGGGGCACCGGGCAGUGGGAAGACGCAGGUGUGCCUGGGCAUUGCAGCCAGUGUGUCUCUUGGCCUCAAGCAGCACGUCCUGUUUCUCGACUCCACGGGGGGGUUCACUGCCUCUCGACUCUACCAGAUGCUUCGAGCCCAGGCAGAGGAAGAGGAAGAGCAGCUGGAGGCUCUGCAGCGGAUCCAGGUGGUCCGUGUGUUUGACAUCUAUGAGAUGCUGAGCGCCUUGCAGGAGCUGCGGGAGCGCCUCUCCCAGCAGGUUGUGAGCUCCAUGGAUCCUCUCAAGAUCGUGGUGAUUGACUCUGUCUCGGCUGUGAUUUACCCACUGCUGGGUGGGAAGCAGUCAGAGGGUUUGGCCAUCAUGAUGCAGCUAGCCAGGGAGCUGAAGACACUGGCCAGGGAGUUCAGCCUUGCUGUUGUGGUGACCAACCAGGUGACAAGGGACAGCAGCAGCGCUCCACCAAAGCCAGCCCUUGGCCGCUCCUGGAGUUUCGUGCCCAGCACCCGGGUGUUGCUGGAGAGCAAAGAAGUCACCUUGCAGAAAGCCACCACUCAGCGCAUCGCUUCCUUGGCUAAGUCACCCCGGCAGCCAGUUGGGAUACAGGCAGAGCUGGAUAUUGGAAGCGCUGAUGUGACACCCACAGAGAGGCUCUAAUGUGGGUGGAAAACCAAAUGACAAGUUCCAGAAGAGCUGCAAAACUGGAGGC